GCAGGCAGGCAAAGAUAUACGAGUACGUAGGAAAAAAGAGGACGGGAGAUGCAGGAGCGUCUCGGCAGGGAACGGCGCUCGGCGGCUGCUGCCGAGUUGCUUCUGCUACUGCCACUGCGAGAGUGUCGACGAUCGAUGACCUUCGACGGAGACGUCUUCCACGGGGCUGGCUGAUCGCGCACCGACAGCGACGACGCGCUGCCACCCUCUUUAGGUUAUACGGGGGAAGAAAAAACACACGACUCACGCGCGUGCUGCUACGGCCAAGGAAGCCAAAGCCAGGCGUGUGCUAUAUAUCUAUAUGUGUAUUCUUCUUGCUGAAGAAUAAUAUCGAAGUGCAGUUUUUCGACGUGGGGAUAAAGAACUUUCAUAAUUCAGUGAUGAGCUGGUGGUCUAGAAAAUUUAUAAUUAUACAUAUUAUAUACAAAGAUGAUGGAAGUCUCAUCGAAGGAACGUAUUGAGGGUUUACCCAACACACAGGCAAUCAUAGCAGAUACACUACAUCAUUACAGUCACCCUCCACCUGACAUCAUGCCUAAAGGACGAGCAAUGAAUGGUGUAGGAGCACGGUUGCGCCAGUUGGAAGCCCUGUUUGUUGGUGGUCCUGUACAGGGUGGAAGAAUGGGCCACACAUUGUCGAUUGAAACACUUAUCGACGUUUUAUUAGUUUUAUACGAUGAGUGCUGUAAUUCUUCUCUAAGACGUGAAAAGACUGUUUCAGACUUCAUUGAAUUUGUUAAGCCUGUAGCCACAUGUAUAAAGAGCCUUCAGUUGGCUCGGGAGGAUUUCGAAAUUGUUAAGGUUAUUGGUCGAGGCGCUUUCGGUGAAGUCUGUGUAGUAAGGAUGCGUGGUUCGGAUAAGGUCUUUGCCAUGAAAAUACUAAAUAAGUGGGAAAUGCUGAAGCGCGCAGAAACGGCUUGUAUCAGAGAAGAACGUGACGUUCUUGUGUACGGUGACAGAAGGUGGAUAACGAACCUUCACUAUGCCUUUCAGGAUGACAAUAAUUUGUACCUGGUCAUGGAUUAUUAUUGCGGUGGAGAUUUGUUAACUUUACUCAGCAAGUUCGAAGACAGGCUUCCAGAAGAUAUGGCACGUUUUUACAUAGCGGAGACUGUCCUUGCUAUCGGUUCUAUACACGAUUUACGAUAUGUACACAGGGAUAUAAAACCUGACAAUGUUUUAUUAGAUGCCAAUGGGCACAUACGUUUAGCUGAUUUUGGAUCUUGUCUUCGAUUAUUUGAGGAUGGGACUGUGCAGAGUAAUGUGGCUGUUGGUACACCAGACUAUAUCUCUCCUGAAAUUCUCAGGGCGAUGGAAGAUGGACAGGGAAGAUAUGGUCCAGAAUGUGAUUGGUGGUCUUUAGGUGUUUGUAUGUACGAGAUGCUUUAUGGCGAAACUCCUUUUUAUGCUGAAUCUCUAGUCGAAACUUAUGGGAAAAUUAUGAAUCAUAAGAACUGCUUUGAUUUUCCUAUGGAUGAUAUUUACGAUAUUUCUGAAGAGGCUAAGGAUCUCAUGAGAAAAUUGAUCUGCAGUUCUGAAUUUAGAUUAGGACAAAAUGGAAUUGAAGAUUUUAAGAAGCAUCCAUGGUUUGAAGGAGUAAAUUGGGAAACUAUAAGGGAUAGCACAGCUCCUUAUAUUCCUGAAGUUUCUUCACCAACGGAUACAUCGAAUUUCGACGUAGACGAUACUGACGUUCGUAGCUCAGACGCAGUACCUCCCGCAGCCAAUUCUGCAUUUUCCGCUCUUCAUCUUCCAUUUGUUGGAUUUAGCUUCACUCAAGGAAGUUGUAUAUCAGAUUUGAGUAUUUUACCAUGUUAUACUCAAAGAGAGAAAAACUUAAAGAUACUAGAAGAAGAAAAUGCACAAUUGGCACAAACCGUUGCAGAAUUAAAAAAUCAAAUGAGUACCAGUCAUACUCCACCAACUAUAUCUCCAGAUUCCAAUAUUGCUACAAGAAAACUUCAAGAUGAAAUCAAUAUACUUACAAAAAGAAAUUGCGAAUUAGAAUCUCAAUUAAAAUCGCUUGAAGUGCCUCGAGAAUUGCGUGCAAUAGAUAAUGGUGAUUUAAUUAAAAUACGUGAAUUAGAAAAAUUGGUGCGUGCUCUUCGCGUUGAAAAAGACGAAGCCAUAAAAGAUAAAGUGGAUGCUUUAGAAAGGUUAAAACUUCAAGACAAAGAACUUAAGGAUGCCUUAGGACAAAGAAAAUUAGCCAUGGAAGAGUACACUGAAGUGACGGAUAAGCUUUCGGAACUUCGCCAGCAGAAGCAAAAACUCUCCCGUCAAGUUCGCGAUAAAGAAGAAGAACUUGAAGUGGUAAUGCAAAAAGUUGACAGUCUCCGCCAUGACAUUCGCAAAGCCGAAAAGCUGCGACGGGAGCUGGAGGGAAGAGUAGAGGAGGCGAUGGCUGAAACGAGUAAAGAACGCAAAUUGCGUGAGCGAAGCGAGGAGUACUGUAAGCAGAUGCAGGAGGAAACGGAGAAAAUUCGACAGCGUUCAAUUGGCAAUGAUACCAGUGCAAAUCACGCUCUCGCGACCCAAGAGAUUAAUCGACUCAAAGCGGAAGUUGAGAAGUUGGAGGUUCAGUACAACGAGAGCCUUAAUCAACAACAAAACAGGUUCAAUGUGGAAGCACGUGGACUGCAAGAACAACUUCACGAGGCUGAAACUAGACGAGAGCUGCUUGAACGCGAGGUUCAAAUAACCAAGGAAAAAUUGGAAAACGCCCGAUUGGAGAACAUUACUGAUAGUGAAGAAACGAUAAAUGAACUAAGUCGUAGGCAUGAGCGUGAAAAGAUGAUGCUCGUGGAAGAAAAUAAAAAACUGCUGUUAGAGUUAGGUUCAGUAACGGAUAGCGUAAAUCGAAUACAGGGUGAGCGGCGCCAGCUCGAAGAUGAAUAUGAAGAAUUGCGAAAUAAGAAAGAGGCCAUUGCCCAAUGGGAAGCUCAAAUCACCGAAAUAAUUCAAUGGGUUUCCGAUGAAAAGGACGCUAGAGGAUAUUUGCAGGCUCUAGCAACAAAGAUGACAGAGGAACUUGAAUUCCUCAAGCAUUCGGGUGGCGCAGGAGGCGUUGGUAGUGGCUCUACGAUCACCGACAAGAACUGGCGAAAUCGUCGUUCACAAAAACUUGACAAAAUGGAGCUACUAAAUCUACAAAGUUCGUUGCAAAGUGAAAUUCAAGCCAAACAAGCAAUAUCCGAGGAACUUACGAAAACGCGUUCGGAUCUUAUAGCAGCACAAAAAGAACUGCGAGAUUUACGACAGCGUCUGGACUCAAUAUCACACGAGAUGAAGCGCAAGGAAAUACAGAUAAAAGAGCUACAGAGCCGCCUAGAUUCCGGUGACGGCUCCGACCAGCUGCAUAGAGUCGCCGCACAACUGUAUCUCCCGUGUGUGGCGGCGAGGGCGGCGAAGACGGCGAGAGCCGUCGCCGAACCCCAGCGCGUCGUCGUCGUCCAGGGCCGGGCCCCCACAGUAAUGCGUCUUUGCCCCGCUAGUCGUCGAGCUGCCGCAGCCUCUAGUAGCUUAUUAACUAGGCUUGCUGUUGAUGAUGAUGAUGAUGAUGAUGCUCAUGGCGAUAUUGUUGUUGACGCUGCCCUCAGCUGCGUAUUGUCGCCUGUUUUGGAGAGACCGACCUCGCAGAUGUCGUAUCUCGAGCAUUUCCUCAAGGAGACUGCGGGUAACGCACGCCACGGCAGCGUUGACAGCGUCGAGGGCGACAUCGAGGACAACCGCGCGCCCAGCAUAACCAGUAGCAAGAGCAACCUCUCCGAACUUAGCAUCGACCCGACUUCUCCAUUAUCCCACGAGCUCCUGAGCAAAUCGUCCGCAGUCUCGCAAGGUCACACAAAUCUACAGCCAAAGCCAAAGUCGCAUCAGUUCCUGGUGCGGACAUUCUCCGGGCCGACCAAGUGCAAUCAUUGCACGUCACUCAUGGUUGGCGUCAUCAGGCAAGGUGUCGUUUGCGAGGUCUGCGGCUUCGCUUGUCACGUGCAAUGUUGCGACAAAGUGCCCUCCGUCUGUCCAGUUCCUCACGAUCAAACAAAACGACCGCUGGGGAUCGACCCGACUCGUGGCAUCGGCACUGCCUACGAGGGCUACGUCAAAGUGCCAAAAAUGGGCGGCGUAAAGAAAGGUUGGGUGCGCCAGUUUGUGGUUGUCUGUGACUUCAAAUUGUUCCUCUACGAUCUCUCCGAUCGCAAUGCCAUGCCGUCGGUCUACGUAUCCCAGGUACUUGACAUGCGAGACGAAGAGUUCAGCGUCAGCUCCGUACGCGACUCCGACGUCAUACACGCGACCAAAAAGGACAUUCCGUGUAUAUUUAGGAUAACAACAUCAUUGUUGGAACCACCUGGUUUGCGGAAUCACACGUUAAUGCUUGCCGAUACCGAGAGCGAAAAAGCUAAAUGGGUAGUGGCCUUGAGCGAACUCCAUCGGAUUUUGAAAAGGAAUAAUCUCCCUAAUACUACCAUGUUUCGUGCUAAAGAGUUGUUGGACAACACGUUGUCGCUAAUUGUCAUUAAAAACGUGCUGUCAGGGGCAAUUAUCGAUCCAGAUCGUCUAGUCAUUGGCACCGAGGAAGGCCUGUUUUGUUUAGAUUUAGAUCGUAGUGAGAUUGCGAGGGUCGGCGAGGGUAAGAAAAUAUUCCUCUUAGAGUAUGUAACGGAAGAGCAGCUGAUCGUUGUACUUAGUGGUAAGCAGCGGCACGUACGCCUGGUGCCGGUUCGCGCCUUGGACGGCGACGAGGUCGAGUGGAUCAAGGUCGCGGAGACUAAGGGAUGUAUAACAUUGACGACUGGCGUCAUGCGGCGUAAUCCCUUGACUUACUGCUUGUGCGUGGCUAUUAAGAAACAGAAUGCUUCUCAAGUCAUCAUAUACGAAAUAACGCGUACAAAACAACGACACAAACGCGUUCGUGAACUGAUGCUGCCUUGUCAUGUACAAACGUUGCAGAUCCUCGCGGAAGGUCGUCUUUGCGUCGGAUAUCCUUCCGGAUUUUCUAUAUACAGUAUUUUAGGAGACCAUCAUCCUAUUUCUUUGGUCCAUCCAGAAAAUGCGCUUUUAAAUUUGUUGACAUUCAACGCUUUGGAUGCCUUUAGAUGUAUCGAGUUACAAAGUGGAGAGUUUUUAUUAGCAUUUUAUUCAUUAGCAGUGUAUGUUGACAGUCAGGGAAGAAAAAGUCGAGACAGAGAGAUCAUGUACACGGCUUAUCCAACGGCAGUUAGUUAUUGCGAAGGCUAUCUUUUGGUUUACAGUGAUACGCACAUCGAUGUGUUCGAUUGUCAAGCGGGCGAUUGGUUGCAAACGCUAAACGUCAAGAAAGCCAAACCCUUAAAUACAUCGGGUUCGCUUACCACGUGUAUAAUCAACGACAUGCCACAUGUUAUAUAUCUGAGUAAUUUACACCAACGCGAAUUGUUAAAUCUGGCAACGAUAGAUGCAAGUGGCAGGCCUAUGGCUAGACCGCGAAGAAGAUUUUCACUACGCGAGGGUAAUCGAGCCGCGCGUCCAACCGAUCGUCGCUCGAAAAUGAUAUCAGCGCCAACGAACUUUAAUCAUAUAACUCAUAUGGGGCCUGGAAAUGGUAUUCAAAUUCAAAGAUUGUUGGAUUUACCAACAACUUUAGAAACGGCUGAUCAACAAUUCUCAGGGUCAUAUGCUAGUUCACACUUUCAUAGUAAUCAACAACGAGUUUAUGGUUCGGCGGUACAACCACCAAAUAAGCCAGCACCACUGCCACCUAGACAUCCACCUUCGGAUACAAGACGACUGAGUUCACAUAUGACUAGAAAUUCUGGAUUCUCACCACAUAACGGUUCAACAUCUUCUAGAAGAGGACCGGCACCGCCAAGACCAACCGCUACUCCACCAUCACUGCCACGUACUCCAGUUGACCAAGUUGAUUCGGAAUCAUUACAUUUACGAUCGCAUACACCUCAUUCUCUUGGGAGCAUUGCUUCGUUACAAGAUAAGGAGCACGUAUCUGGAAGUAGCCCACGACACUCCAUAGCCUCGAAUAAUAGUUCGAAUCCAUCGACACCGCCGAGUCCUGCGCACGACCACGGAUCUUCGUCUUAUGACUCCUAAGACUGCGGCAAAAAGGGAACACCGUUACCGGCCUAAGGCCCAAUACUUUUACGUUGGCCGCCCGAUUGAAAAUAAGAACAACCACUUACGUCUCACAAUGAAUAAUUAAAUAAUAGCGAACUUUCGGACGAUUACGGAGAGGAGCGGUAUAUAACACUGGUAACGUUUUCUGAAAGGAUGAUUUAUAUAUUGCGUUAUAUACACGACCUUUUACCCGAAAAGUUACCAUAAGAAUUUUUUGACCUUAUAUGUACAGUCUUGAUACAUAUUUUUUAUUAUACGAAUGGAUAAGGAAUGAGCGAAGAAAGAUGAAGAGAGGAGCAAGAUGAUGCAAUUGUAAUUGCAAGUUUAAUAAAAAUUUUACUAUAUUGUCCGUGUAUAG